UUAUUUGGAACAAGAAAUAAUUACAAAUGAUGAAGAACUGUGUUAUUUUGUAAAACAUUUGCACAGUUGCUGACAUUAGAAACCCAUCCUGACAAGUAGAAACCCAGCUUUAGUAUAACACGUUUACGGUCAAUGAAUCUUUAAAGGUGCAGUAUCCUUCUAUUCUGAUGCCUCAGCGUUCCAUGAGAACACAGAUCAGUUCAGUUGUAUGUGCUGCUGUUUGAUUGGCCACCUGUGUUCCGUCCACCUAUCAGGAUGACUCAGAUGUGCUGUCAGUGGUUAGCAGCUACUGUGAUGUCAGCAGAGGAGGGCGUGGCUUUGAUGACGGCUCCCUCUGCAUCUUGAGCCCGGACUGUGACCUCUACCUGUGUGACGGAGACGACGACCAAAGCUCGGACAGGUAAGAGUGCUUAAGAGCUUCCACUCGUUUUUUUUCACUUGUUAUUCUACACUCUGAUUGGCAUGUCAGGUCUGUGCUGUCGUUAUAAUGUUUAUCUUGUAUUAAAUUAGUUUAAUUGCAUACCUUGCUCUAAGCAUGUGUUUUGUGUCAUAUCCUAGUCUUCGCUUAUAUAUCUUUAAUCCCAGUCAGGGUGAGGAUUCCAUUUACAGCAGCUCUGCAGGAACAGAGGAAUACUCCAACAACCUUCAUCAUCCUUCAUCUUGCCAUAGAAUGACCCGCUUGGAUCCGCCACCGUACCGGGCGAGCCCCCGAGGAUGGACAGAGGUGUCCCAGAGUCGCCACGAUGGUCUUGGGCAGUUCAGUGCUUCUCACUGUGAGGAAAACACCAAUAUCCGGUUACCAAUCGAGCAGCUUGUGGUGUUGUUCUGAUGGUUAGAGUGGCAGUUUGAGGUGUCAGGUGGUGUUGGGUUGCACUGGGCUUUUCCUUAGCGCUGCGUCACGGUGCACGAGUGCAGUAUCAUUUCAUGUAUUAACACAGGUCAUGAUCUUGUCUCUCUGUCCGUAGGCAGCCAGAAAGAACGAAGGGAACGGGAGAGUGGAUAUUUCUCUCUGGGAAGGGCUGCAGGCAGCAGAGCCUUCCGUGAGCAAAGCCCUCCCUAUAGGCAUUCAGAGAGAGGGCAUCCCCUGCCAAGCAACAAAAGCCCUGAACUCAAAGCCACCAUUCCAUUUCGAAAUCCGGAUCUGGGUGUCCCUUCAGAAAGGAGGACCUCUGAGUUUCAGAAUGUUGAGCAGAUUGAAGAAACCUAUCCUCCAGAGCCAGUGGAUCUCAGCCUGGAGGUCGAGGCCCUCGCUGGCCCCCGGGCCCUGAGUCCCACCCCCUUCAAACAAGCUGAAUCAUUUGGCGGCUCCAGUCGAAGAGCUGGACGAAAUUCCCACACAUCUCCCACACGGCUGUCAGGAAUGCUCGAUUCUUCCAAAAGAGGGUCUGUUCUCUCCCGCUCAUCCUCUCCCUCCUCGUUCAGACGGGCCGAGUCUAGCUCCUCUCUCAACACGGUUGGCUUUCGAUCAGUUUCACAUGGACAAGAUAGGACACCUGUCACUCCGGCACGAAACAGCUACUCCGGAAACCUCCGCUCAUUUGCAGGCACUGUCAGUAGCAUUAAUAAGUCUCUCUCUCACAUGGAUCUGAGAGGCACUUUACGGAAACCUGAGAACAAUAGUUCCUUCCCAGAGAACCGUGGAAGCUCGUCUCCUUCCAGACGGAGUUAUGAAGGUCCUGCUGUGAGGAAAACUGAAACAAAAAGCCCUGGUCAUGACAGACAAAGUUCCUUCUCCCCAGUGGGACGCUAUGAUUCAAGAACUCAGUCCCCUUCCAGAUGGAGUUCUGAUAGGAAAACUGAGACAAAAAGUCCUUCAUAUGAGCGCAGUCCUGACAGACAGGGAUUCUCCUCCUCAUCCUCCUUAAAGAGCCGCUAUGAUUCCCGAAGUCAGUCCCCUUCCAGACAAAGUUACGAUAGGAAAACUGAAACAAAAAGCCCUUCAUAUGAGCGUGGUCUUGACAGACAGGGAUUUUCUUCCUCCUCCACCUUGAAGAGCCGCUAUGAUUCCCGAAGCAAGUCCCCUAUGGGGAGGAUGGAGACCAAUGGUGUAUCAAGUCAGAUUCAAGAGGGUCGGCGCAGUGCAUCUCCAGUCAGAAAGGGCUAUGGAACACUAAGUCAAUCAGAUCGAAGGUCAAUAUCUAAUGGGUGGAGUCAUGAGAGAAAAAGCCCCUCCCCAUCCAGAAAAAGUUAUGAAACGCAAAGCCAAACCACAGUGAAGAAACCGGAACCAAAGAGCUACAAUCGAGAGAGCCGACACAGUUCCCCAAGUAGAGGCCAUCACCAAAACCCUGGUACAUCAUCACUUCGUAAGUCCACAACAAGCCAGUCCUUGUCAAAACGUGGUUCCGAAAGUCGCAGUCCCUCCCCCUUAGCUCAUAGCCAGUCUCCUCCUUGCAAGUCAGAGAGUGGGCGGAGGCCCUCUUUGUCUACAUUGAGGCGUGAGAUUACAGACCACGCACCUCUGAGGAACACUGUGAGUAGCUCCGCCUCUUACGUAAGAAACACCAAUACUAGCCAAUCACAGCACGAUUCAUCUGGACGCUGGAGAGGCUCCGCCCACUCUCUUCACAGCCAGUCAGUAUCGCGAAACUCCUCCCCUUCACGCCAUGCCAGUGAGAAGAAACCAGCUAGCUCCUGUAUGAAAUCCGCCUGGGAAACGCCACGAGACGGAAGCAAGAGGAGCAGCAUGAGGCAGAACCUGGAAGCACAGAGCUCCACAUCUGACAGCCGACGACACAGAAGCCCCUCGCCUCCGGUCCAAAGACACACAUCUUCUCAGAGCUCCAUGGACUCCGAGUCGAGUCACCUCUCGGCUGGGUCAUCAGGUCUCAACCGGGAGGAGUAUGCCAUGAUGGCUGACCUUCCCAAGGUCAAAACGGUCUUCCAGAGGGACGGUCCAAGCCACCUGAGGAAGAUGGAGAGCAGGCAGAAACGAGAGCUUUCCCGCUACAAACCAGCCAGUCACUCUCAGAGCAAAGCUCCUUCUGAAUGGGAUGAACUUGAGGAUGACAGAGACAGUGGUACACUAUCAAGGGCUCACUCAUCCAGCUCCCUACACACACAGAGAGCGAGCAGUCCGACCGCGGAUCAGACACAGUCCAGCAGAAACCCAUCCAGAGCGUCAGGACAGAACCAGGUACAGUAAUACCUCUGUCCACCUGCGGAGGCGCUGUAGUCCCAACCCUGUUCACCAGGUGUGUAUUUGUUCUGCAGAAAGCGCACAGACCAUCGGUGUAUUUCUCCUGCAGCGUGGAUCAGACCGAUGAAGAACCAAUGCAACAGGCACGUCAUAAAAACAGUCACCAUUCAAGAGAUCAAUCACCGACUAAUUAAUAUCUCUGUCAUCAUUUACUCAACAUUAUGGCCUUUUGCAUCACAGGAAGUAUUCCGUAGUACCCAAACUAACUGUGGUAAUACUCUCCUUUUGUAGGCUGUGCACAAAUGACAUUGCUGUCAACCAGCUUACGUCACUGCUUAGUAUCCACUGUAAGUGCGAAUGCAAGUAAUAGUUUGCACAAAAUCGCCCUAGUACCCUAUUUUUUAGUUCUAGAACUAAUCUGUAAAGGCCAUGUUUAUUUGCAUGCGCUCAAAGAAAUCAAAUCUGACUUUGACAAAUGUGCUUUCUGCCGUCUCUCUUUGUGAACGUGAGCGCAAAACAGUCUUUACUUUAACAAACAUUAACAAUAUCUCUAUAGAGAGUAAAUACAUACUUGAAUGAAUCAAUUCAAGUGUAAAACAAGUAUUUUCAGAUUGUGUAAUCCAUAUGAAACAUGCAUACAUGCAUCACUAAGGAGAUGACAAGUCAGUACUUGUCGACGACUGUAAAAGAAAUCAUUACUUUAUCAAAAUAUUAAACAUUAAUGCAGUCUGCUUACAGUUUUUCACUGAUACAUCACUUCUGCCAGUGCCUUGUGGCAAGCUUUGUGUGUACACUUGAGCGCUUAUUAGGAUAAAUGCUCAUAAUAAUGAUUUGAAUGGCUUAUUAAUAACUGUGUGAUUAGUCAAUUAAUGCUUAAAAUGAUUGACUAAUGGUUUACCAGAAAAAUCCUUAAUCGGGGAAAGCCCUAUUUUGUAGCACAAAUAUCCAAAAGCAUUGGGAUGCAUUUGCUUGACUAGCAAUAAAAACACUGUCAAUGCCAUUCAAUUAAGAUAAAUUAAUAAUUUAUUAAGUCUGGAACUAAGUUUUAGCAUUCAUAUUCCAGUGAGAGCCUAGAACUAAAGUACUUCAGUAAAAGCCGAUUGAAUGGGUCAGUUCUGAUUGGUUGCUGAGCUGCGCCACGCGGUU